AUGCUGACUUAACACAGAGCUACAUCCCACUGUUGGCGGUGGUAAACAAUUUUGAAUCAGCGGCUAACAAAAUGGAAGAAAAAGUUUCAAAUCCAGGCUCAUUUUCCUUCUUGCAUGAGCAAUAUGAAAAGGCCUUAAGGAUAAAUGAAGAAUCUACUCUCACAUGGGAAACAUACAAAGAAAGUCUUGAAGAAGUAAAAAAAAAUCUAGCAGAGUAUAGCAAACACCUCAAAGUGCCAAUCAUGGUGCCUAUUGGAAAAAAAGCUUUCAUGAAAGGCGAUCUAGUUCACACGAAUGAGUGUCUAGUCAAUCUUGGAGACGGUUGGUUUGUCAAGCAGUCUGCUGCUCAAACUGGAGAAUUCUGCACAAGACGCCUAGAAUAUUGCGAGGAAAAAUUGAAAUCUUUGAAGAAGGAAUCAGAGCUUUUAGAGUCACGUCAAAAUUUCCCCAGUGAGUCAGCUGCAUUCCCUCAAACAAACGUUCAAGAAAUAAUUGAACCUUAUGAUGAAGAAGCAGAAGCUGAAUGGCGAAUCAAGCAUCGAGAAAGAGAAAGAGAAUACCGGAGGAAGUUAGCAGAACAAAGGAAAAAAGAAGUAUCCAAAAAAGAUGAAGACGUCUGGGAAAAACUGCAAAGGCUAGAAUCUGAAGAAUCUAACCAAGGUGAAGCCAUGGAGCGGAUUGAUGAACUAAAUGCCGAAGAUGAUGAGUAUCUAGAUGAAGAGGAUUAUUCAACGGACACUCUGAGCGAUGAAUUUGAAGAAGAAGAAGAAGAAGAGGAGAAGGAGCAGGAAAAGGCUGAAGAAAAGGGAAAAGCAGAGCCCUUAAAAGUUGAACCUGAAAGAAAAAGAAGCAUAACUUUCAAUCUUGAAGAACCUAAUGAUGAGGACAUCAUCGUCAUCAAGUUUAGACAUAGUAAAGAAGUUACUGAGCCUUCCUCAAGCCUCCAAGUAGAUGAAAAGUCGGAUGUGAAGUCUAUAGAGAAACCUUCAGAUAUUUACAGGGUUUUUCCACAUCUGUUCAAACCGAAGUCUAUAUUGAAAAAAUCGGCCAGCCUGGACCAAGAUAUCAUCACUCGUUCAAAUAUUAAUCCUAAUCUAAAUGACAGUGAUUAUGAGAAUGAAGAACUGUUUCCAAAUAUGUCAAGAACAGUUUCUGCUCCUGUGGAUGCUGAACCAUUACCUCAGGUCUUUGGUGACAUUGUUGAAAGAAAAGUUGCGGAUACCGCAAUGCCAUUGGAAUCUGAGGCAGCAGAGGAACCUCCCAUUCCGAAACCCAAACUUAGCAAAUUCAAAGCUUCCAGAAGAACUACCUCUUAGAAAUGUGAUAUUUUUUUCUUCAUUAUUGUAUUUUUUUAUCUUUGUACCUCAGUGAAUUUUGUAUUUAUAAUGUUAUCAACUUCGGUGAAAGAAAUGUUCUUAAAUUUUUUGGCAGAUUCUCACAUUUUUUACAUGAAUGUAUUCUUUUUUUUCUGUUUUUAAGUUUUAAGUCAACUCCAUGAGGGUUUUAAGUUUUAGGAGGGUCCUCUGUUGAAUAGGCCAUUUUAUCGGAUACCAUAUUUUAUUUUUAUAAAUGUUUACCGAGAUAUUUUCUGUAAGGAAAUUGUUUUCCAGUAAAAUAUUUUAUUUGACCAAA